AGUUGCUACUUCACUGGUGUCACAUGACCAGAUGACGGACCUGGCACUUUGCAACACAUUGAGCGCGCGACACUCUCCUCCUGUACAAAUGGCUGUUGUGCGCGCGCGCGCACAGGAAACUGCUGAGUUUCAUUCACUGCUGCUCUAGGGGAGAAGCGGGGAGACCUCAAAAGCCUCAACUGGAUCCAGAGAAAAGCAGGAAGAGGACAAGAAGCAGGAUUGGAAGGGAGGUGGGGGUGAGGAGCUGUGGCUGAUCUGCAGCCAUGCACUGCCUAAGGACUACCGUUACAAGGCUACAGCCUCUAAGGACUGCACAGACGGCCAAGAACCUGUCCCAGACCAGGCCACUGAUGCUUGAAAGAGACUUAAGGAUGUGUCAGCCUGUGAGGUGCCUGAGCACAUCUGUGGCUGCUGAGCCCUUUCUGAACGGCACCAGCUCCAACUAUGUAGAGGAGAUGUAUUACGCGUGGCUGGAGAAUCCCAGGAAUGUGCACAAGUCCUGGGAUAUAUUUUUCCGAAAUGCAAAUGCUGGAGCUGUACCUGGUGCAGCCUAUCAGAGCCCUCCACCACUCCUCGGGCCCUCUGAGGGAACAGCCAGUAUCCAGGGUUUGGUGGGAGCCCAGGCCAAUGUGGAGAAGCUGGUGAAGGAUCAUCUAGCAGUGCAGUCACUGAUCCGAGCCUACCAGGUACGAGGACAUCACAUAGCAAAGCUGGAUCCCCUGGGCAUCAGCUGUGUGGACUUUGAUGAUACACCAUGUACCGUUGGUUUCCAGAAUGUUGGUCUGUAUGGACUGGCUGAGAGUGAUCUGGACAAAGUGUUCAGACUUCCCACCACCACCUUCAUAGGUGGCAACGAGACCACAUUGCCCCUCAGGGAGAUUAUUCGCCGCCUUGAGACGGCCUACUGUCAACACAUCGGGGUAGAGUUCAUGUUUAUUAACGAUGUGGAGCAGUGCAAGUGGAUCAGGCAGAAGUUUGAGACUCCAGGAAUCAUGCAGUUCACUCUGGAGGAGAAGAGGACGUUGCUGUCCAGAAUGAUCCGGUCCACCAGGUUUGAGGAGUUCCUUCAGAGGAAGUGGUCUUCAGAGAAACGUUUUGGUCUGGAAGGCUGUGAGUCUCUUAUCCCAGCCCUUAAGACUGUCAUUGACAAGUCCAGUCAGAGUGGAGUGGAGAGCGUAAUCAUGGGAAUGUCUCACAGAGGCAGGCUGAAUGUGCUAGCAAAUGUCAUCCGGAAGGAUCUGGAACAAAUAUUUUGUCAAUUUGACUCAAAGUUGGAGGCUGUAGAUGAGGGUUCAGGUGAUGUGAAAUACCACCUGGGAAUGUACCACAGGAGGAUGAAUCGGGUCAGUGACAGGUAUAUCACCAUGUCUCUCAUGGCAAACCCAUCCCACCUGGAAGCCGUGGACCCUGUGGUGCAGGGAAAGACCAAAGCUGAGCAGUUUUACUCCGGAGACACUGAAGGCAAGAAGGUGAUGUCUAUUCUUCUUCAUGGCGAUGCUGCGUUUGCAGGUCAGGGUAUUGUGUAUGAGACCUUCCACCUGUCUGACCUGCCGUCCUACACCACCCACGGCACUAUCCAUGUGGUGGUCAACAACCAGAUUGGAUUCACCACAGAUCCCAGGAUGGCUCGUUCUUCUCCGUACCCGACAGACAUCGCUCGAGUGGUCAACGCUCCCAUUUUCCAUGUUAAUGCGGAUGACCCAGAGGCUGUAAUGUAUGUGUGCAACGUGGCGGCAGAGUGGAGGAACACAUUUCAUAAAGAUGUCGUCGUCGACCUGGUGUGUUACAGACGAAACGGCCAUAAUGAGAUGGAUGAGCCCAUGUUCACCCAGCCACUAAUGUAUAAACAGAUCAAGAAGCAGAAGGGAGUCCUGCAGAAGUUUGCAGAGAAACUUAUUGCUGAAGGAGUCGUUACAACACAAUACUACCAGGAGGAAGUGGUCAGGUACGAUAAAAUCUGUGAGGAUGCUUACUCACGCUCCAAAGAUGAGAAGAUCCUACACAUCAAGCACUGGCUGGACUCUCCCUGGCCAGAUUUUUUCACUCUGGAGGGUCAACCCAAAACUAUGAGCUGUCCUUCAACUGGAAUCAGUGAAGAUGACCUCAGUCACAUAGGAAGCAUCGCAGCUUCCGUCCCAGUGGAGGAUUUCACUAUUCAUGGAGGGCUGAGUCGUAUCCUAAAAGGACGUGCCAACAUGGUGGGCCAGCGGGUGUGUGACUGGGCCCUGGGAGAGUACAUGGCCUUCGGUUCUCUACUGAAAGACGGGGUUCAUGUGCGUCUGAGUGGACAGGAUGUAGAGAGGGGCACUUUCAGUCAUCGACACCAUGUUCUUCACGACCAGAAUGUAGAUAAAAGGACCUGCAUCCCGAUGAACCACAUCUCGCCUGAUCAGGCUCCUUACACCGUCUGCAACAGCUCUUUGUCAGAGUACGGAGUUCUAGGUUUUGAGUUGGGCUUUGCCAUGGCCAGUCCCAAUGCUCUGGUUCUGUGGGAGGCCCAGUUUGGAGACUUUCACAACACAGCUCAGUGCAUCAUUGACCAGUUUAUCAGCUCGGGGCAGGCCAAGUGGGUCAGACAGAAUGGCAUCGUGCUGCUUCUGCCUCAUGGCAUGGAGGGGAUGGGUCCAGAGCAUUCGUCUGCCCGCCCUGAAAGAUUUCUACAAAUGUGCAAUGAUGACCCAGAUGUUUUUCCUAAACACUCUGAAGAUUUUGCAGUGCAUCAACUUCAUGACUGUAACUGGAUUGUGGUGAACUGCUCAACUCCUGCAAACUACUUCCACGUUCUCCGCAGACAGAUCCUGCUGCCGUUCAGGAAGCCUCUCAUUGUGUUUACUCCCAAGUCCCUGCUGCGCCACCCUGAGGCCAAGUCGAGCUUUGAUGACAUGCUGCCUGGGACUCAUUUCAAGCGCAUCAUCCUGGAUGAUGGGCCUGCAGCCAAAAACCCAGAGAAAGUGAAGCGAGUUGUUUUCUGUUCUGGAAAAGUUUACUAUGAACUGAUCCGAGAACGCAGGAACAGAAACAUGGAUGCUGCUGUUGCUGUUGUUUGCAUCGAACAGCUGUCUCCGUUCCCAUUUGACCUGAUAAAAUUAGAGGCUGAUCGCUACCUGAAUGCUGAUCUGGUCUGGUGUCAAGAAGAGCACAAGAACCAGGGUUACUAUGACUAUGUAAAGCCUCGCCUCCGUACCACAAUCAACCGUACACGGCCCAUCUGGUAUGUUGGUCGGGACUCCGCUGCAGCACCAGCUACAGGAAACAAACACACCCACCUGGUGGAGCUGCAACGUUUACUGGACACGGCCUUCGAUCUGAAUGCUUUCUCAGGGAAAUGUUAAAAUCCUCUCUAACCUGGUCAUCAGACCUGGAUGAUGGACUUAAGGGUCUACUGGUUCCAUGGUUUGCACAGAUUUGUUCAGACAAAACCUACAACUGAUUUGAACAUUGUUACUAUGCAGACCUCAAUGAAAACAUUGAAGGAAAUAAACUUGCAUUCAAAGUAGGAAUUUAAACAAUCUGAAUGAGCUUGUGGCUCUGUCCAGUCAUUCAACAAACUCGUGUAAUUGUGAUUUUACAGGGAAUGAUGUAACUAAUUGGCUGAAGGUUAACCAAAUGCUUAAUGAACAGAUGCAGCUUCUUAACUCCAGCAUGGCAAAUAAUUAAUGAAACAGUGCACUGGUUUAAAAAAACAAAGGCUAUCAGUCAUUAAGUCAUGGAUCAAAAUGAAAUUAUUCCUAAAGUCCAAACAGUUUACAGGAUACAUUUCUGCACUUUUUAUCUGACCUGUAAUGAUUUUUUCAGCAUGUAUCAGAGGGACACCAGAUGUCUCAAACCUCUCGCACAUUGUUCCUUCAUGAUUUCACUUUGCUCAGCAUUAACCGUCUACUCUCACCUAGUCAGCACCUUUCCAUGUCACCAUAAGGAGCCUUCCGGUCUGCUCAUGGGUCCCCUCAGAAGAAAGAAAACAUGAAUGGAGCUAUAAAAGUUGUUUUCGAAUCCGCUUUGCCUCACACCUUGAAUUACACAUAUGUUGUAAAUGAAAAUCAAUUAUGUGAGUUUUGACUAUGUCUGACGUUCUAAAAUAAAAUCUUUCUUGGCAUCAAAAUGUCUUUAAAAUUCAGAGACAUUUUAUGUCAUGGCACAUAAUAAGUGGGAUCCGAAAAUCGCUUUUAUAGCCCCGUUCACUUGUAUUCAGGUUUUCUUACUUUUGGGGACUAAAAAUCAAACCAGUAACGGAGAGUUCUAAAAACACAAUUUAUAAGCUGUAAGAUUAUUUAUUUUUUUAUGCUGCUGCAUGUUUCAUUGUUUUGAUCAAAUAAAGAUUGUUUAAAUGCUG